AUGACGACUUUGGACUCCCGUGGCCAAAGCCAUGGCGGGUUAUUUGACACAGAAGAGACGCGAGAAGCCACGCGAGGCACGGCCACGGGACGACCAGGCGACAACCCAGUGCCCGACAUUACAGCACCCCAGAAGAUGAUUUCGGCCAUGUCGGGAAGCCUGGUUACGUCGUUGCUUGUCACGCCGCUCGAUGUUGUUCGGGUCCGCCUGCAGUCACAGAUGACGCCGACACCCUCGGUGGACUUUUCAAGACUUGCUCUACGAACCAACAGUCUCACCCCGGCACAAACCGCCGAGCUCGGGGUCACGGCAUGCUGUCGCGAGGUCUUUUUCCAAGGCAACACGGCAGAAUUCUGCCUUGCCGUUCCUCGAAGCGAGGCUUUUGUCCAACCGGCGCCUUCGUCGGCUUCGUCUGCGUCUGCGGGGGCCAACUGCGCAGUCAACGAGGUGCAGAAAAAGACAUUCCACUCGACUUUUGACGGGCUGCGCAAAAUUGCUCGCCACGAAGGAUUCACCACGCUCUGGCGGGGUCUUUCACCCACCCUGCUCAUGACGAUCCCCGCCAACAUCAUCUACUUUACCGGCUACGACUGGCUGCGCUACAGCCCGACGAGCCCAAUGUCCAGGCUUUCCAGCGAUCACGCACCUCUGGUUGCGGGAUCCAGCGCCCGCAUCCUUGCCGCCACGGCCGUCGGUCCCAUUGAGCUGGUUCGAACACGAAUGCAGGCCGCCAACAGCACGUCCGGGUCGAAUCAUUUGGCCGAGACGUUCAAGGGCGUCCGCGAAAUGGUGGCGACGCACGGCUACCGGUCGCUAUGGAGAGGGCUGACGCUGACGCUGUGGCGCGAUGUUCCCUUUUCCGGCCUGUACUGGUGGGGUUACGAAACGAUUCGAUCCGGCGUGACAGACAUGCGCGAGAAGCGCCGCGGACGGACUUUUGCUCGCCCCGGGCCGCUGCAAGAUGCUCGCCGACGAGGCCGGAGCGAGGAGAAGCACAUGGAGACCUUUGUCGACUCCUUCGCCGCGGGAGCCCUCUCCGGGACCCUUGCGUCCGUAGUAACCACGCCGUUUGACGUGGGCAAAACGCGGACGCAGGUCUAUCGAGAUGGUCCGGCCGGUGCUGUGGGCAGGCCUCGCGUCCCCGAGGAGAUGAACAUGGUGCGCCUGCUGCUGCACAUUUUCAAGCAUGAGGGCGUCGGUGGCCUGUGGAAGGGCUGGAUACCGCGCACCCUAAAGGUUGCACCAGCAUGCGCCAUCAUGAUUAGCAGCUACGAAGUCGGGAAACGCGCGUUUCACGGGGUAAAUGAGCGAUCCCUACGCCUCGGGAACAGCUCGUUCAGGGGCUAG